GUCCCCAAUAUUAUUGUCCAUAUUGUCACUUUUGUAUGAUUUAUUUAGCAAAUUGUGUUUCACUUAAAAUUUAAUAACUUGAUGAACUUCUAUUAAUAUCUUGAUCAUCCACCUUCAUAAUCCUCAAUAACUUCACACACAAGAAUAUAAAAUGACUAAUUUACCCUUUUCUGUGCACUUUGUCCUAGUCCAUGGCGCGAGCCAUGGAGGUUGGUGUUGGUACAAAAUCCGAUGUCUACUUGAAAGUAUCGGGCAAAAGGUUAGUUGCCCGGACCUAAGUAGCUCCGGGGUUCACCCCGUUGAUGCUAAUACGAUCUCUACUUUUAAAGAGUAUAAUAAGCCCCUCGAUGAUCUUUUGGCAAGCCUACCAGAAGGUGAAAAGGUAAUAUUGGUAGGGCAUAGUGCAGGAGGACUGAGUGUUACAAAUGCUAUACAAAACUUUCCUGAGAAAAUCCAAGUCGGGGUAUUUGUCGGGGCUGUUAUGCUCCAAAAUGGCUUCCAAACCGAACAAGAUAGAAAUUUGGGAUCACCCGAUUUGUCUAAAAUCAUGGAUGUAUUUGACUAUACCCAUGGACAGGGAUCGAACAAUUCUCCAAGUAGUGCCACUUUCAAAAAGGAAGUUCAUCGUGAGAUAUUGUACCAAAUGAGUCCUUUAGAGGAUUGUACAUUGGCAAAAAUGCUUUUGAGACCUUGCCCAAUCAAAGCUCUCAUUCAUGGGGCCAUGUUUCCUGAAGGUGAGGGCUCUGAUAAGGUGCCACGUGUUUACAUCAAGACAUUGCAUGACAAAGUGUACUCACGUGAGCAACAAGAUGUGAUGAUCAAGAGAUGGCCACCUUCAAAUGUUUAUGAAAUUGAUAGUGAUCAUUGUCCUAUGUUCUCUAAUCCCUCUCAUCUCUUUGGCUUACUUCUUAAGGUUGCUACUAACUUUGAAAGUCAUUAGCUUUACCAUUAAUAACCUCUAAGGGUUUUGAUUACAAACAUAUGUAAAAGAAGAUAUUUAUAAGUUUUAAACGAGUACACAUCUCAUAUACUAUUAUUUCAGUUUUUCUAAAUGGGAUGAGAAUUUAAUUGAUCAGAA